AUGGGUAACUUUAGACCUAGACGGGGCGGCGGAAGCCAGGGGAACAGUGCGAGUAGGAGCAGCAAGCCGCCGUUGACGCACUUCCUCUGCAUACCCUUGGUCAACGAACGGUCGAUAUACCAGCUAGAACGCUCCUUGACUGAGUUCAAAUCGUCAAUACCGCUUGUCUCUCCUCCUGGUCCGGCAGCAGGACAUGCCCCGGAUACGCCGCUUGUGCCGUAUGGAGCUCUACGGCCGCUGGGGACGUUGCAUUUCACGCUGGGAGUUAUGAGUCUAACCACUCCGAAACGGCUGGAUGAGGUUCUGUCUUUCCUUCGUUCUCUUGAUAUAGCAUCCAUAAUGCAAGAAGUCGAGCAAGACGCCAAACCCCAGGAUCAAAGUAGUGCUAGGGAACCCCUAUCAAUCGACUUGGUAUCACUGCAUGCCCUUCCAAGAGCCAGAGCUGCAACGAUUCUGCAUGCGUCACCGUUGGAUACUACGGGCCGUCUGUAUCCAUUCUGUGUGAAGUUGCGAGAUAUGUUUAUUGAAGCCGGUUUCAUGCAUCGUGACAUGGUGAAAAGCAAACCUAGUAAUAGAGCAGCUCAAGGUGAAAGCUCCAGAGACAAUGAGGACUCAGAUGGAAAUGGAAAAAACGAAGACCAAGAGGAGGCCGCAGCAAACCCAAGUGUUCCAGAGGGCAAACCACGUCCACUGCUUCUCCAUGCAACUAUUGCUAAUACCGUUUACCUUGGAAAGCGACGGCAACAAGGCGGGAAAGGCCCAAGGGGCACCGACAAAUCAAUACUGAAAUUUGAUGCAACUGAGUUACUGGAGAUGUUCGCGGGAAAUCAGCAUAAACCACAUACUACCGGACCCAAGGACGUUAAGGGUAAGGGGCUCGAAGCUGAUCGUGAGCCGUUCACAUGGGCGAAGAACAUUCCAAUUGAUAGGAUAUGUAUUUGCGAGAUGGGUGCAAAGCCGGUAUCUCAUAACGAGGCAAAGGGUGGCCCAGUACUCGGACAGGAAUAUAGAAUGGUCGAGCAGCGGCAGCUUGAUUAA